AUGUGGGACUGGCUGCUCCAGAGGGGCCCCAAGUAUUUGGCCCAGGGCGUCGUCAACUACGCGGCGCGCUGCCCUGCCAUCCCCGCCUGCCCGCAGGCGAUUUGUCCGCCCUGCCCAGGGCUGACCUGCGGGGACUGUGUGGUGCCGGCGUGCCCGGCGUGCCCAGCCUGCCGGCCGUUCACGGUGCCGGCGGGUGCUGCCGCCUUCGCCGAGGCGGCUGGCGCUCGCGAGGAGGCCGCGGGCUGCGCCGAGCCUGGGCUGGGCUACCUCGCCUACCUGAUUUUCUUCCUCGGCGUCGUGGUGGGCGGCGGCCUGGCGACUGGAGGGCUUGCAGUUGGCGGGCUGUUGCGCCGGCUGUGCCGCAGGCCCGUGAAGGACGAGGUCGGCCAGCCGCUCUGGCACCAGCGCCGGGUGUACGGGGUGGUGGCACACUCGGGUGGCAAGACCUACGUGGCCGCUACCGCCGACGCCCACGUCUACCCGGAGGACUGGUCGCCGACCUCGGAGGACGUGCUGGCAGUUCGCUGGUGCAGCGAGUAUCGUGACCUGCCAGCUGGUGUGGCCAGGAAUCGGGCGUACCGCUUCCGGCGGGGGCCGACGGCCGCGCGGGACGCCGCCUUCCGGCAGGCCGCCGAGGACGAGGCCGAGGCAGAGGGUCGGCGCCUGCUGGCAGCGGCGGGCGGCGCGGCGGCGCCGGCGGGCUUCGUGUGGCUGCUGCCGAUCGACGCCGCGGGCCGACUUGUGGGCGGUGCCGGCGGGGCUGGGGCCAUCGUACCUGCAGCCGCCGGCGCUCCGGGUGCUGCACCUGCGCCGGGAGCGGCCGGGCCUGCCGCAGCCGGCGCCGCCGGUGCCCCCGCGGCGGCGGCCGCGCCUCCGCCCCUGCUGGUGGGGCCCUUGCAGGGCGUCGCGCCGGCAGCGCCUGCAGCAGGCGUCGGCGCCGCUUGGAGGGCCGCCGAGAGCGGGGGCGGCUUCCGAUUCGGUGACCCUGUGCCCGGCCACGUGCGGAGCGGCCAGGCGAUCGGCUCGAAGGAUUUCCACCUUUUGCCGGACGGGACCGCCCUGUUCGUCGAAGAGGUGACAGCAGCGACCGAGGGGCGGCGCGAGCGCACCUGGCCGGAGAUGGUCGCCGCCGUGGUGCAGGAGGUGUUCACCAACGACUGGGACUUGCCCGGGCCGAGGUCCGUGCUGUGGUGCCUGGAGUUCAUCAACCACGAGGGGCUCGGGCUCGAUGGGCACCACGAGAGGUUCCGGGUCCUUUGCAAGCUGGAGUUCUCGAGUUGGGGCGUGUCCGAGCAUUACAACAUCACGCAGGCCUUGAAGUUCGGCCUGCUUCACGACCAGGUGGACGGCACCAAUUUGAUGAUGAUGGUAGAGUCCAUGUUCCGACGGCUUCAGACGAUCGAGUUCGCGCACUCGGGGCGGGCUCGCGAGCAGGAGUCCAAGGGCUACGGGGGGAAGCUCAGCCUCGAGGAGCAGAUGGCCUUUGCGGGCACCGCCCGCGCCGGCGGCUCCCUGAUGAUCUGCCCUCUCUUUCUGGAUUACGUGCGGGGCGAGGUCGAGCGCGAGGCCUCGCUUGCCGAGAACUUGCGCAAGGCCCGAGAGGAGCGAGAUGCUGCCCGGGCCAAUGAUAAGACCAAGAAGGUUUUCAGGGUCGACCAGGCGCGGGCUAACGAGAUGUCUCGUGGCACGCGGCAGAGGUUGUGUAGGCGCCAGGCCGAAGAGCGCGAGGUUGACCGGGCGCUCUGGGGCCUUCACUCGCUUUACACGCAUCAGCCGCAGCCCCGCGACCGCACCUCCCCGGGCAAGGGGCCCGAGCGGGGUGCCGAGUGCGGAUCCUAUCAUCUUUUUUCUGCCGGUCAGGCCGGCGUGCUGGAUCGUGUCCGACGCGCCGUGCGCGACCUUGGCCCUCCACCUGCGGGGGCCUCCCCCGCUGAAGUUCUCAGGAAGCUUCGCGUGGCGAGCUGGUACGACGUGGACAGUACUACGCUCGGUCGCUACUCUCGCGCCGACGUCUCACUGCCUUCAGGCGCCGUCAGGCCGGUGCCUGUGUCUGAGCUUUGGGGCGAGGGCGGGUGCCAAAUGGUAGAGGACUUCUGCCGCUUGAAUGUCGCUCCGCCGGAACAGUCGCGAGCCCGACUCCGGGCGUCAGGUGUGGUCACCCCCUACUCCGAUCCCAAGCUUAGGCACCCUCGCGCCUUUGAAGAAUUCAUGUCGGCGUUGGCCGCACGCGGAAUGCUAGAUUUCUCGCGCGAGGAUGGUGAACGAGUGGAGCCGCUUUUUGUCACCAAAAAGAAUGGCAAGCUUAGGCUUGUCGUAGACUGCAGGCGUUCAAACUGUCAUUUCACUGAGGCCGGUGGGCUCUCGCUCUGCACCGGUGAAGGGCUUGCCGCCAUCGAGCUGGGAUCCGACGAAGAUAUCUUCGUUGGUGGUGCGGAUUUGAGUGAUGCGUUUGACCACAUGGGGCUCCCCAAACCCCUUAGAAAGUAUUUCACUUUUCGGCCUGCGCGGGCUGCGUCUGUAGGGUGCACGGAGAUUGGGGGUCGAGCUGUGGCUGCACAUGAGAAGGUAUACCCUAGGCUCGCUGUCAUUCCCAUGGGAUGGUCUUGGGCUUCAUGGAUGCGCCAGAAGAUACACGAUAGGAUAGUCGAGGCAGCUGGCUCGGACCCCAAGUUUAGGAUCACCGACAAGACGUGCGCUCCGGACCUCAGCCAGCCGUGCCACACGCAGUAUGUGGGCAACUACAUUGCGAUCUCGACCGACCGGGACAACGUGAAACAUUCGGUGUCGUGUACCAUCGCCGCUCUGGAAAGUGGCGUUGGGGUCGCGGGGGCGCUUUCGGGGGUCCUCGUCGCCAUGCUGGACGCUGGGCUCGUGAAGCUGCCGCGGGAAUUGAUUGAGCAGGAUUGGAGGGUGGUGGGCCGUUUCGAGUGGCGGAAGAAGGGCGAGAGCAUCCCGGUCCUGGAGGCCCGCGCUACCCUGCACGGCUACAGGCAUCUUCUGCGUAGUCGUCGGAAUCAUGGUAAACGUCUCGUUGUUUUGGGAGAUUCGAUGAGUGUGGCGGGAGCGGUGUCUCAGAGCCGCAGUGGGAGCCGUGCGAUGCUGUACUUGACGCAGAGCAUCGCCGCCCUCUCCCUGGCGACAGGCUCCUCUCUCCACUACCGCUGGCUCCCCUCCGAGUGGAACUCAGCCGACGGGCCCUCAAGGGGGCGUUGGCGGCCCGCGGCGCCCUCGGCGCUAGCCCCGCGCGAUGCUCGCGCGCGCGGCCCCGGCGCCUGCCAGCGCCGUGGCGCUGGAGCGGGCGCUGCCGACGGGACUGCUGCCACGCGGGCCCCAGGCGGAUGUGGCCGCUCCGCAGGCGCUGGGCCAGCCGCCGCGCGUGGCGUCGGCGCCGACCUCGAGCCGGCCUACGUCGUCAGGAUGUCUCCGAGUGCCGCCUCAGCUGCCCCCCCGGGCUCGGUUGGGCCCAAGCGCCGCAAGGUGAGCCAGCGAGCCUCGCGGGCUGCGGCUCGGCGGCCAACAGCUGCGCGGCUGCCGGGCAUGACUGUGCUGGAGGCGGCGCCCAUCAAGCCGAGGACGCGGGACCGUUACCAGGAGGUCUUCGCCGACUUCCUGGCGUGGGCGAACGGCCGUCGUCUGACGACCGAGGACCUUGUGGACCAGGCGAUCGCGGAGUGGCUGGGCGACCUCUACCUGGGCGGCGAGGACCUGAGUGCAGGAUCCUGGGCGUAUGCGGCGGUGACCUUCUUCACCGGCCUGAACAAAGCGUCGGGCGCGUUGAUGCCUCGGUCGCGCCGCGCCCUCCAGGGCUUUGGCAAGCUCGCGCCACCGCGAUCUCGAUUGCCGAUGCCCUACAUGGUAGUGGCGAUGGUGGUGAUGGAGCUCCUGGCCCGACAGCGUUAUCAAAGUGCGCUCGCCGUCCUUCUCAUCUUCGAGCUGUACCUGAGGCCCGGAGAGGCGUUCCACAUCAGGGCGGUGGACCUCGUCCCGCCCGUGGCGAGGGUCAGCGGAGCGGCCCACUGGUGCGUGACUCUCCAUGCUGCCGAGACCGAGAGAGAGUCCAAGACGGGCGAGUUCGACGAAAGCCUCUCUCUGGAUCUCAGCCGGCAGUCCUUCCUCGGGCCCGCGCUCGACCUGAUGUUGAGGCGCCAGCUGGGCGCAGACUGGCGGCGCGCGGAGCAGAAGCACGUCGGCUCCGGCCAGCACCUGGCAGCGCCGCUGUUCACCGUGACGCUCGGCGAGGUGACGAGGGACUUCAAGGUGGCCGUCGAGGCGCUGGGGGUGGAGACCGCCCUGGGCGCCGCCCACAUGUACAUGCUGCGGCACGGCGGCGCCUCGCACGACUACGCCUCGGGCUGCCGCCGCUUGGAGGACGUGCGCCGUCGCGGGCGUUGGCGUUCGUGGUCCUCGGUCCGGCGCUGCGAGAAGGGGAGCAGGCUGGGUCAGGUCGUUCACAAGCUCGGGCCGGUGCUUCAGGCCCACGGCAAACUUUGCGUCGAGCUGCUGAGCGAGGUCUUCUCGGGCAGCGGCCACCUCUCGGAAGCGAUCUCGAGGGUAGGCGUCACCGCCCUGCUGUGGGACAUUAGCCUCGGCGAGAUGUACGACCUUAGCGAUUCGGAGCCCAUGGGCCUUGGGGGGCUGUCCCAGGCCGAUCAGGAGAAGCUCCAGGGCAAAGAUCAGGCCGGCAAUUUCUACACCAAGCUUGCUGAACCCUACCCUAAAAGGUGCUUGACGUGA